CUCCUCCAGCCCUUGUGCGGGACUCCAUUUUCCAGUCCCAAAGUCUCCAAGGAAGGGGCCGUGGGAGCGCACCGCCAAGAUGGACUAGCGCGCCAGCCUUUCUUUCUCCAGCGUCGCCCUUCCGUCUCGGGCGGCCAAAGCCGGGAGCGCCCGCCCGUCCUCCAGCCGCCGGGGCUCGCUUGCUCGCCCUCCAGCCAGCCCCAUCGCUUCCUCGAUCGCUCGCGGACGCGCGCGCGGGGAGGGAGGGGAAUCCCUUCGCCGAGCAUGGAUGAUCCAGGCAGGCUGAUCCAAGCGCGGGGGGCGGUCGGGAUCGCGGGGCACCCCUCGGUCCAGGGGGUCCAAGCCAUGACCCCCCACGCUCUCCACGAGCCCCCUUCGGAUAACGGAGAGCCCCGGAAGCAAGAUAUCGGCGACAUCCUCCAGCAGAUCAUGACCAUCACCGAUCAAAGCUUGGACGAAGCGCAAGCAAAGAAACACACGCUGAAUUGUCACCGUAUGAAACCGGCUCUCUUCACCGUCCUUUGUGAAAUCAAAGAAAAAACAGGGCUGAGCAUCCGGAGUUCGCAAGAGGAAGAGCCGGUAGACCCACAGCUGAUGCGCUUGGAUAACAUGCUCUUGGCCGAGGGGGUGGCCGGACCCGAAAAAGGGGGUGGUUCUGCAGCGGCGGCGGCAGCUGCAGCGGCAGCAGGAGGGGUGUCCCCCGACAACUCCAUCGAGCACUCGGAUUACCGCAACAAGCUUUCGCAAAUCCGCCAGAUCUACCACUCGGAGCUGGAGAAGUACGAGCAGGCUUGCAAUGAGUUCACAACCCACGUGAUGAAUUUGCUUCGAGAGCAAAGCCGCACACGCCCGGUGUCGCCUAAGGAGAUUGAGCGCAUGGUCAGCAUCAUCCAUCGGAAGUUCAGCUCUAUCCAGAUGCAGCUGAAGCAGAGCACAUGUGAAGCGGUCAUGAUCCUGCGUUCACGCUUCCUGGAUGCCAGGCGGAAGCGACGCAAUUUCAGCAAGCAAGCCACUGAGGUCCUGAAUGAAUAUUUCUACUCGCACCUGAGCAACCCGUAUCCCAGCGAGGAGGCCAAGGAGGAGCUUGCCAAGAAAUGCGGCAUCACCGUCUCGCAGGUCUCAAACUGGUUCGGGAACAAGCGCAUCCGUUAUAAGAAGAACAUCGGCAAGUUCCAAGAGGAAGCCAAUAUUUACGCCGUGAAAACGGCGGUCAGCGCCGCACAGAGCGGGGGCGACUCUCCCAACACCCCCUCCUCCGCGGGCUCCGGGGGCUCCUUCAAUCUCUCUAGUUCGGGGGAUAUGUUCAUGGGCCUUCAAGGGCUAAAUGGAGACUCCUAUUCUACAUCACAGGUGGAGUCGAUGCGUCACUCCAUGGGGCCUGGUGGCUAUGGGGACAGUAUGGCUGCCAACCAGAUGUACAGCCCACGUGAAAUGAGGGCCAAUGGGGGCUGGCAGGAAGCAGCCACUCCAUCUUCUGUCACCUCCCCAACAGAAGGUCCUGGCAGCGUCCACUCUGACACCUCCAACUGAUCGUGCUGUGGUGGCCGUUCCCCCCCUUUUCACGUUCGUCCUGAUGCCAG